AUGAAUGUGCUCGGCAACACUCCCGUGCCCACGACAGCUGUGGACGCAUGUAUGGACGAUGGUUUCGCACUCGACUCUGGUCUCAAAGUGACAGGAGCUGGAGUCCUGCUGAUGGGAGGAGAAGCCUUCAAGUGGCGGCCAUGGCUGCGCGAGGGAAGGAAAGAAGGCACGAAUGGCGCAGGCGAUCUGGGAGAUGACAACAACGGCGUACGAAGUGUAGGAGGAAAGCUGCAGAACAAGAAGGGUCAGUGGGAUGUCGACAGGCAAGCUUGGGGACUCCUUGACCUCGUCUGGCCGAAGCCAGAUCUUUUGGUCCUUGGUACUGGCUCCAAGAUUGUGCCUCUCAGUCCGGAGACACGACGAGAUAUCAACGAGCUUGGGAUCAAGAUCGAGAUUCAGGAUACCAGAAAUGCGGCUGCUCAGUACAACAUGUUGGCCACUGAGCGUGGUGUGCAGCAGGUAGCGGCGGCGUUGAUACCAGUUGGGUGGAAGGAAGGGAAGUGA